GGUUAAGGCGAGGUACCCCUUUGCUCUCUCCUGCGCAGGCGCGAUUGUGCCCAGCGGCCUGGCGGCGGCGGCGAAAAAUGUCCCCAGGCUAGGUAUUCUGCUUGUCUCCAGUGCGGUCGGCCGCUUGGAGUCCCCGUCGCGGCGGGCUCAGGUGCCUUCUCCAGAAGGGGCGGCAGGGAGGGAGAAAUGGCCACAAGGUUGCUGCCAGCCCAUGUUCAGAAUGAUUUCAAGUGCUUCUCUCGUUCGGCCACUGUGCCUCAUCUUCCCGGGGGCACAGUGCUUCCUUCACAGAAGGAGUCUGUGACGUUCAGGGACGUUGCCGUGUUCUUCAGCCAGGACGAGUGGCUGCGCCUGGACUCUGCACAGAGAACCCUGUACCGGGAGGUGAUGCUGGAGAACUACGGCACCCUGGUCUCGCUGGGAAUUCUCUUUUCCAAACCAAAGGUUAUCUUCCAGUUACAGCAAGGGGAAGACCCCUGGAUGGUGGAAAAUGGAGUUUCUCAAGACCCACGUGUAGGAUGGGAGAGCUUGUUUGAAACUGCAGUUUCUGAAGAAGACAAUCAGGAAGUAAUGAAUAAACUCCGAGGUGACGGUCCUUUUGACUUCAAGUUGGGGAAAACCUACAUAAACGAGGACAAGCUAGAGAAGCAGCAAGGCAAAAAGAACAAACCUUUCAGGAAAGUUUUAGUUACCAUCAAGAAUACAUACCUGAGGGAGAAGAGCUUUAUGGGUAUUGAGCUAGGGAAAAAUCUCAGUCUAAAGUCAUCCCUUAUUAGAAAACCCAGACUCGUUUCCAGGGGAAGGAAACCCCAUUCACAGCAGUAUUCCAUUCUGUUUAAACAACUGGGAGUCAACACGGUUCGCAAAUGUUACAAAUGUAACAUCUGUGGGAAAAUCUUCCUCCACAGUUCUUCCCUGAGUAAACACCAGAGAAUCCACACUGGAGAGAAGCUCUAUAAAUGCAAAGAAUGUCGUAAAGCUUUCAGCCAAAGCUCGUCUCUCACUCAGCACCUUAGAGUUCACACAGGAGAGAAACCUUACAUAUGCAGCGAAUGUGGGAAAGCCUUCAGUUUCACCACCUCUCUUAUUGGACAUCAGAGAAUGCACACUGGAGAGAGACCCUAUAAAUGCAAUGAGUGUGGCAAGACAUUUAAAGGAAGUUCAUCCUUGAAUAAUCACCAACGGAUUCAUACUGGAGAAAAGCCCUAUAAAUGUAAUGAAUGUGGGAGAGCCUUUAGCCAGUGCUCCUCUCUGAUUCAGCAUCACAGGAUUCACACUGGAGAGAAACCUUAUGAAUGUAGUCAGUGUGGGAAAGCCUUUACCUCAAUAUCGCGGCUAAGUAGACACCAUAGAAUUCAUACUGGAGAGAAACCCUUUAAUUGUAACGAGUGUGGGAAAGUAUUCAGUUACCACUCAGCUCUUAUCAUACAUCAGAGAAUUCACACUGGUGAGAAACCUUAUGCAUGUAAAGAAUGUGGGAAAGCCUUCAGCCAAAGCUCUGCUCUGAUACAGCAUCAAAGAAUUCAUACAGGAGAAAAACCCUACAAAUGCAACGAAUGUGGGAAGGCUUUCUCCUGGAUUUCACGGCUUAAUAUACACAACAGAAUCCAUACCGGAGAGAAACCAUACAAUUGUAAAGAAUGUGGAAAAGCCUUCAGUUCCCACUCAGCAGUUAACACUCAUCGAAAAAUUCAUACUGGAGAGAAACCUUAUAAAUGUAAUGACUGUGAAAAAGCCUUCAACCAAAGCUCAGCUCUCAUUCAGCACCAGAGAAUUCAUACUGGAGAGAAACCAUUUAACUGUAAAGUAUGUGGGAAAGCCUUCAGACAGAGUUCCUCCCUCAUGACACACAUGAGGAUUCAUACAGGAGAGAAGCCUUAUAAAUGUAAAGAAUGUGGUAAGGCUUUUAGUCAGAGCUCAUCCCUUACCAAUCACCAGAGGACACACACUGGAGAGAAACUAUAAAUAAAACGCAUGUGGAAAAUCUUCCAACUGAAGUUCAUUUCAUACUAAAUUUCAAAAACUUCAUCCUGGGCAGAAAGUGAUGAAGGGUAGUUGAUUGUGAGUUAAACUUCAGAAUUUAGACCUCCUCAAACGAGACUUCAUGAUGCAGGUAACCUUAGGUAUAUUAGGAAAGCCUCUAUAAAAUGUUAUCCCCCCCCCCCCCCAUAGCUUUUCAAGUAGAGAGUUUGUAAAGUUCUUUUCUCUUCUUCCUGGGGAUAUUGUGACGAGAGCCCCCCCAGCUUUCGCAAGCGUCACAGGGAAGCAUGUUGAUUUAUGUUGAAGUGCAGCCAUAAAAUCCAGACUUUAGAUUAAUGGAGGAAUCUAUUUUUUUGAAACUACAUUUAAGUGUUAUGGAAGCCAGUUAUGCUCAGAACAAUGUUUUGGAGAAGAAAUGUAAGCAGGUGACCUGUACUACCUCAUUGUCGCUAAAAUGUGUUUUUUAAUAGUUUCAAAGAAAAUUCUGUACUUGGUCGUUGUGGAAACUUUUGUGUUGUUUCUUUUCUGCUUUCCAGACCAUUUACCUGAAAAGCAAAUCACUCUGUAAACUCUGCGGGCACACAGUCCUGUGAGUUUUCUCCCUAUUUGUUCCAAGCUCUGAAGCAGAUCUAAAAUCAUUUUAAAUCACAAAAUGCAUGGUAUUUCACUUGGUUUUAUCCGAAAGUGAUUACCUGAAUUAAAGGUUAUUCAGACAA